CGCCUCUCCACCUACCGCUGCCUUUCCCGCCCUCAAGUUUAGCCUGCUGCCCAGAGCCAGACCUGGUCAGGCGAUGAUGUGGACCUGCGGCUCGGGGGACGACGACGAGGACGGGUGCUUGCCGCAGGCGGUGCUCGAGCCCCGCCAAGGCAUCCUGGACAGCGUGAUCGACCAGCAGAUCUUGAUCGCGCAGCAGGUCGGCUGCGUCGAGGUGGACGACUACGACGACGGCCCUGGCCCCAGCGAGGCCUGGUGGGCUGGCCCUCUGCCCCUGUCCCCGGCGGCGCCGCAGCCCAUCAGCUCCGUCCAGCUCGCGGCGGUCGCAGCGUGCAGGGCCAUGCGGGCCAGCGCAGACGUCGGCGGCCCCGCCGGUGCGCUCCAGCGGGAGUGGUCGAGCCCGUCGUCCGUGUGCAGCCGCCGGCCGUCGCCGCGCAGGGCCAAGAGGAGCAGGGCGGAGGCGCUGCAGGCGAGGCGGGGCGCCUCCGAGGAGUGCGACGGCCGGCCCGAGCGGCAAGUCGGCUUCAUCGUCGACGUGGACGUCGCGCCGCUGGCCUCUGCCGCCCAGGUCUCCGCGGCCCCCUGCAGCCCCGGGCAGGCGCGGGCGCUGGCCCCGCCCUCCCCCACCGGCGGGCUGCCAGCAGGCGCCGCGCCGCCGCCGCAGCGCGCCCCCCCCGCGUGGCAGCAGUCGCGGGCGAAGCUGGUGCCGUGGGAGAUGCCCCUCUGCAGCGGCCGGAGCGCGCGGUGGCCAGGGGCGGCCCGCUCGGGGCCCCGCGCCCUCCGCCGCGCCGCGGAGGCCUCGAUCCUGCGCGCCGAGGCGGCGAGGGAGGUCGCGCCUGUCGGGGCCGCCGAGGCCGCCGCGGUGGUGGUGCUGCGCGACCACGGCGACGAGGCGGCGGGGGCGCCCCCUGGCAGGCCUUGGGCACCGCGCCCUCGCCCGGAGGCCAGCCAUGGGCCCUCUGGCGACGCCGCCGGGGCCGGCCCGGGAGCGCUGCCGCGGGAGCGGGGCGACGAGCAGAAGCCGCUGCCCAUGCCGCCCGAUGCGGUGCUGGUGUACGCGCCAUCGAGGACUCGGACGGCUGCCGCGUUGCCGGAGUCGGAGGAGGUGGCCCCGGCGCAGCCGCGGGAGGGCGAACGCCCUCCGCAGAGUGCGGCGGCCAGGACGCCCGACGCCGCCCCCGCGGCGAGGGGGUGCGGCGACGGCGCUCUGGACGAGAGCCUCGCGAGGCUGCGGGAGGAGGCUGCCGCGGCGCAGCGGGAGUCCGCGAUGCUGCGCGAGGAGGCAUGGCUCAUCAUGCAGGAGAACCUGAACCUGAGGCGCCAGCUGCAGGAGACCGCGGGGGCCCGCGAGCAGGCCGAAGGGCUGCGCGGCGAGCUCCAGGCGGCGGCUGCGGUCGCGGGCGAGGCGGACGAACUCAGGUGCCUGAAGGGGGGCCUCCCUGAGGCGCCGGCUCAGAGACGUGCGGGCCUCGGAGGAGGAGGAGGCCGCGGCGGCGCGCCGGCAGCUCGAGGCGGCCGGGGACACGGAGCACGAGGCCCGCGCCUUGAGGCUGCGGCUGCAGUACGCGCAGGUGGCCGAGGGUGA